AUGAGUACGAAAAUCAUCAAAGCGAAUGCUGUGGACCCGGAUACCUUCGAGACUUCGAUCUCGCAGGCUCUGGUCGAGUUGGAGACUAACUCAGACUUGAAAGCCCAGCUAAGGGAGCUUUACAUUACUAAAGCUAAAGAAAUUGAACUACACAACAAAAAGUCAAUCAUCAUCUACGUGCCGAUGCCUAAACUGAAGGCGUUCCAGAAGAUCCAAAUCAGAUUGGUGCGUGAGUUGGAAAAGAAGUUCAGCGGCAAACAUGUUGUGUUCAUUGGUGACCGCAAAAUCCUGCCCAAACCAAGCCACAAGACUCGUGUUGCCCACAAACAGAAGAGGCCUAGAUCUAGGACUCUAACUUCUGUAUAUGAUGCUAUCCUGGAGGACCUGGUGUUCCCAGCGGAGAUUGUCGGCAAACGUAUCCGAGUGAAGCUUGAUGGCUCCCAACUCAUCAAAGUGCACCUCGACAAAAAUCAGCAGACUACCAUUGAACAUAAGGUGGACACCUUCCAAUCAGUAUACAAGAAGCUGACGGGUCGCGAAGUUACAUUCGAAUUCCCCGAACCCUACUUGUAA